CAGAAGGCGAGUGACAGCCAGAGAGAGAGAGAGAGAGAGAGCGCGAGAGAGCUAGUUGAGAAGAACUGCGUAGCAAACUGUUGGAAACUAGCGCCUGACAGAGUCCCUCUUGCACUCAACUUUAGGAUAAAGGACAACGCGUUACAACGUCCAUAGAGGGUUGACUGACUGGCUGCCCGGAGGCUGUCUUUGUGGUCUCCCCUCCACUGGCUUCCACCAUAGGUGAGCAUCAAGUUUGUGGAGCUCCUGUUUAGAGUAACACAGAGCUGAAGACCGCAGGGUGUGGAAGCAUGGCGGUCUGGAUCCAGGCCCAGCAGCUGCAGGGGGACGCGCUGCACCAGAUGCAGUCCCUCUACGGGCAGCACUUCCCCAUCGAGGUGCGCCACUACCUCUCCCAGUGGAUCGAGGGCCAGCUCUGGGAUGCCAUCGACCUGGAGAACCCCCAGGAGGAGUUCAAAGCCAAACGCAUGCUGGAGGGUCUGAUCCAGGAGCUGCAGAACAAGGCGGAGCACCAGGUGGGGGAGGACGGCUUCCUGCUGAAGAUCAAGCUGGGCCACUACGCCAGCCAGCUCAAGAGCACGUAUGACCGCUGCCCGCUGGAGCUGGUGCGCUGCAUCAAACACAUCCUCUACACGGAGCAGCGGCUCGUCAGGGAGGCCACCAACUCCAGCUCUCCGGUGGGCAGCAUGAUGGACAGCAUGUCCCACAAGUACCAGCAGAUCAACCAGGCGUUCGAGGAGCUGCGCCUUCUCACGCAGGACACAGAGAACGACCUGCGCAAGCUCCAGCACAACCAGGAGUACUUCAUCAUCCAGUACCAGGAGAGCCUCCGCAUCCAGGCCCAGCUGAGCAGCCUGGCCUCGCUGCCCCCUGCGGACAGACAGCUGCGGGAGCCGGCAUUGCUCAGCAAGAGGGCGACCGUGGAGGCGUGGCUGACGAGGGAGGCCAACACACUACAGAAGUACAGACUGGACCUGGCGGAGAAGCACCAGAAGACCCUGCAGCUGCUGAGGAAGCAACAGACGGUCAUCCUGGAAGACGAGCUCCUCCAGUGGAAGAGACGCCAGCAGCUGGCCGGGAACGGGGCCCCCCCAGAGGGGGGCCUGGACAUCCUGCAGUCCUGGUGUGAGAAGCUGGCGGAGACCACCUGGUUGAACCGGCAGCAGAUCCGCAGGGCGGAGCACCUCAGGCAGCAGCUGCCCAUCCCCGGGCCCAUCGAGGAGCUGCUCAACGACCUCAACAGCACCGUCACCGACAUCAUCUCAGCACUGGUUACCAGUACAUUCAUCAUUGAGAAGCAGCCUCCACAGGUGCUGAAGACUCAGACCAAAUUUGUGGCCACCGUGCGUCUCCUGGUGGGAGGCAAGUUGAACGUGCACAUGAACCCCCCACAGGUCAAGGCAACCAUCAUCAGUGAACAGCAAGCCAAGGCCCUGCUGAAGAAUGAAAGCACAAGGAACGACAGCAGCGGGGAGAUCCUCAACAACAACUGUGUGAUGGAGUACCACCAGACCACAGGAACACUCAGUGCCCACUUCAGAAAUAUGUCUUUAAAGAGGAUCAAGCGGUCGGACCGGCGAGGGGCCGAGUCCGUCACAGAGGAGAAGUUCACCAUCCUGUUUGAGUCCCAGUUCAGCGUGGCGGGGAACGAGCUUGUGUUUCAAGUCAAGACAUUAUCUCUUCCAGUAGUGGUGAUCGUACACGGCAGCCAGGACAACAAUGCCACAGCAACAGUGCUGUGGGAUAAUGCUUUUGCCGAACCGGGCCGGGUCCCCUUCCUGGUGCCAGACAAGGUGCUGUGGCCCCAGCUCUGCGAGGCCCUUAAUAUGAAGUACAAGGCGGAGGUGCAGAGCAAGCGCGGCCUGUCUGAUGAGAACCUGAUGUUCCUGGCCACCAAGGCCUUCUCCAGCAACCCGGAGUCUGACUGCCGGAACAUGACCAUGACCUGGUCGCAAUUCAACAGGGAGAGCCUGCCGAACAGGAACUUUACGUUCUGGCAGUGGUUUGACGGAGUCAUGGAGCUCACGAAAAAACACCUCAAACCACACUGGAAUGAUGGAGCCAUCCUAGGCUUUGUGAACAAGCAGCAGGCGCAGGACAUGCUGCUCUCCAAGCCCAACGGUACCUUCCUGCUGCGCUUCAGUGACUCAGAGAUAGGCGGCAUCACCAUCGCCUGGGUGGCAGAGAACCCCAACAAAGCAGGUGAGAGGAUGGUGUGGAACCUCAUGCCCUACACAACCAAAGACUUCUCCAUCCGCUCCCUGGCCGAUCGCAUCAGCGACCUCAACCACCUGCUGUUCCUUUACCCCGACCGGCCCAAGGACGACGUCUUCGCCAAGUACUACACCCCACCCCUCUCCAAAGCAGUCGACGGCUACGUCAAGCCACAGAUCAAACAAGUGGUGCCUGAGUUUGCCACAGCCAAUCACGACGCGGCGAGCGGCAAUCCCACCUACAUGGACCACGGUGCCUCCCCUGCCCCCCUCAGUCACCCACAUAGCUACGCCAUAUACCCACCCAUGAGUGACUCCAUGCUGGACGGCGAGGGAGAGUUCGACCUGGACGACACCAUGGAUGUGGCGAGGCACGUUGAGGAGCUUCUGCGGCGGCCCAUGGACAGCCAAUGGAGCGGCCCGCAAUCCUGACCUUUGACCCUGAAACCCCGACCCCUCGACCCCCCCGUCCUGUCCUGUCCUGCUCCUAACAAUACAGAAAUGAAUCCUGCCUCUCCGUGCACCGAACCUCUUGACAUUUCUCAUGGUUGAAUUCCAUUUGUUUCUCAUUUGUGGUUGUAUGUCCUCUUCAUUUUGUUUCGUUAUUUUUAUUUGAUUUUUUUGGUUUUUGUUAGUUCGGGAUGUCUACACUGUGAAAUGUUCCUAAUGGUUGUGAUCGUUAUUCUUUCCAGCAUGAAAAACAUGCAUGUCAGUGACCUAUCUUUAGAUGUCUUCUCGGCAUAUCUGUAAAACUGACUCGUAAAUAAAACAAAAAAGAAAAGAAUAUGUUACAGAAUUCUGAUGAAGAAAAACAGAACAAAACUAUUAAAAAGCAUUGCGCAUG